UCUGCGCUCUGCUUGCCCCUCCUCUCUUCUUGCCUUUCCCCCCUUCUCUCUCUCCUUCUUUCUCUGUGAUUCUGAACCAUAGACACAGAUAGGAUCUGUUACAGCAUCAGCAUCACCAAGAGCUCAGAUUCCUUACAGUAGCUCGGGCUGACUUGUGCCAACCGGAGUAGGAACAUCAGUGGGUGGGUGCUUGACAGAGCCAGCACCGGGGAGUUAAUACCAGUCACUGCUGCUGGAGGUGUGACACAGUCCCAGCCCACAACACAUUGAUUCACACAGGAUUAAGCCACUGCAUGAUGCCUCAGGUUGAAGGCCUGGUGCAGGUGAUUUACUCUCCCUGUCAAACUUAACAUCUUUGGACCCUCCUCUGCCCUGUUCCUGCUUUCGGUGGGACUACUAAAAAAGCAUCUGCUACUGUACCUACCAGAUCACCGAAAGGGAUGACUGGCAGUCAUCUUGCUCAGGAGUAAGAGAGGAAGCAAUGGGCUGGACUAUGACUCUAAAAGAUGACUUUGGGGUCAUUGCCUGGACACGGCAAGCUGGGAGCUACCUCAGCCUCUUCCUCCUCUUGUCUCUCUUUUCCAUUUCUGUCCGUUCAGACAACGUGUAUCCUAGAGACCACCAUUUUUCAUGGAAAGCAGGCCAGUGGGGUCAGUGUACUGGUGAGGAGUGUGGUUCUGGUGGGGUUCAGACAAGGACAAUAUGGUGCAUCCACAUGGAGGGCUGGACUACCCACCACUCCCACUGCCAGCACAUGGAGAAACCAGAAACCCAGAGACAGUGCUUUAAAGUCUGCGACUGGCACCAGGAUCUCUUCGAGUGGGAGUUGUCAGAGUGGGGGAGCUGUGUUCUUGUUCCUUUCUUUUCCAAUGAGCUCAAGUUGAGGGCAACUGAGUGCAUUACAGCACAGCAUGGGAUCCAGAGGCGCAAAGUCUACUGCGUACGCACCUCAAAUCGAACCACAGUCAGUUCAAGGAUAUGUGAAUUCUUUUCCCAAAAACCACCUGUGGAGCAGGCAUGCCUUGUCCCCUGCCCCCAGGACUGUGUGGUUUCAGACUUCACCUCUUGGUCAAGUUGCAGCAAAACCUGCGGUGCUGGCCUGCAGCAUCGGACUCGACAUGUUCUGGCCACACCAAUGUAUGGAGGGGCAAACUGCCCCAACCUAACUGAGACCAGGACUUGUUCCAGCCAUGUUGACUGCCCGGCUGGGGAGGACGAGUACCAGUACAGCCUUAAAGUAGGGGCCUGGAGUGAGUGCCGAAUGCCCCAUCACAAGGAUGCCCUAUUAAGUGGAAGGACGACAGUGGACUUCAGUACUAUGUCCAACGAGAACAACACAGCCACGCUGCACACACUAGCUUCUCACCAGCAUUUGCAUCACACCCACCACCACCUUGCUCAUGCGCACAUUAAGUACCCCGCGUCGUGGGAACUGGAGGUGGGAUACCAGACACGACAUGUUCGCUGCACAAGAAGCGAUGGCAAAAAUGCUAUGCUGAGCCUCUGUACGAAGGACAAAUCCCCACUGACCUUCCAAACAUGCGUGAUCCCCAAAGACUGUCAGACAUCCGAUUGGUCAUCGUGGAGUCCCUGCUCUAAGACCUGCCGGUCCACCGACCUAUCCCCUGGCUACCGCCUCCGGUCACGGAUCAUGACUCAGAUCCCAGUUGGUGGGGGGAAGCGAUGUCCUGCCCUUGAGGAAAAAGAGGCUUGCAAUAUCAUAGGCGAUUUACUUCCAAACUGCCCCAGGUAUGUGUGGAGGACCACUGACUGGGGCGAAUGUCGGAUUCUACCCUUACUGAGCCAGCAGAACCGGAGACUGGCAAACAUCAGCCUUUUAUGUGGAGGGGGCAUCCAGACCAGGAAGACCUACUGUGUUCAAGUCCCUGAUGCCUCAGCACCACAUCACAGAAAGGAGGUGUCCAGGCCUGUAAAUGCUAGGCUGUGUGAUGGUGAAGAGCCUCCUUUGGCUGUCCAACACUGCUCCAUUCCCUGCCAGCAUUACUGCUUGCUCACCGAGUGGUCACCCUGGGGUGCCUGCCUAUAUGACAGCUGUGAAGAACCACAUGGGAAGAAAGGUUUCAGACAGAGGAGGAGAGAAGUGCUGUGGGAGUCGAGUGGCACUCUGGGGACAUGCCCUCAUCUGACGGAGUUCAUUCCCUGUGACGAUCCUGCCUGCUACCUGUGGCAGGUCCAACAAGAGGGAAGAUGUAUUCCCACCAAAAACUCCUGCGGUCCUGGAACUGCGAUCCAGAAUGUGACCUGUGUCAACGCUAAAGGAGAAGAUGUGCUCGAUGCCUACUGUGUGGAAGGCCCUCCACUUGCUGAAGAAGCCUGCGAGGUGCCCUGUUCUGCAGACUGUGUGGUUGGCCCCUGGUCCUCCUGGUCCACCUGCUCACACAGCUGUGCCAGUAAGACAGCAGAGGGUAGACAGAGCCGCACUCGCACUGUUUUAGCCAUCCCACAAAAAGAUGGAAAAGCUUGUCCAGCAGGUCCAGCUCUGGAGCAAUGGAGAGUCUGCAAUGACCAUCCUUGUGUGGUAUUUCACUGGGAAGCUUCAGCAUGGGGUCCAUGUAUUGAGGAUACCUCUAUGGCUCUCAAUGGAACCAGCCUCCAGAAUGGGACCAUUACCUGUGCUGUCGGGGUUCAGAUCCGCAAAGUCAUCUGUGUGAAGUUGAAUGCUAGUCCGGUCGUAAAUAAAAGAUGUUCAGAUUCUUCCCGUCCGGAAACCGUCCGUCCUUGUCUGCUACCCUGCAAGAGAGACUGCAUUGUGACGCCUUUCAGUGAAUGGACAACUUGCCCAUCAACCUGCCUUCCAGAAAAUGCAACCGCCGCCACACAGUCUCGGUACAGGACCAUCAUUCAGAGGGCUGCUAAUGGAGGUCAAGAGUGUCCUGACACACUUUACGAAGAGAGAGAGUGUGAAUCACUUCGUGUAUGUCCAGUGUAUAGGUGGAGGACGCACAAAUGGAGCAGCUGUUCUCUAGUUCCUGAAUCUGUGAGACGUGGACUGUCGGGACCAGGAGAAACCUGUGGAAAAGGUUUAGAAACAAGAGGAGUCAGUUGUGUUGGGCAGAGUGGAGAGUCUGCCAAUAUGACAGAGUGCCUGCAAUGGGCUGGUCCCUUGCCCCCUCAGAUCAGAGAGUGUCGGGUGGCUUGCAAGGAUGACUGCACUCUAACUGCAUGGUCCAAGUUCUCUGAAUGCGCUGGAUGUGGCAGCUCUCGAAUACGAAAGCGCUCACUUGCAGGUCGUAGCAAAAAAAAGGAAACCUGCUUGAAUAAGGAGUUGUACCCGCUGGAGGAGACAGAGACAUGUCCUUGUGAUGAGUUUUUGUCCCAGCCCUAUGGGAACUGGUCUGCUUGCAUACUCCCUGAUCCUUCGGUCUUGGGAUCAUCACAGGGCUGGAUGAGCCAUCGAGAGGUGAAGGAGUGUGGCCAAGGUCUGCGCUACAGGGCUGUUGCCUGCAUUAACCAGCAGGAGAACCUGGUUAGCCCUGCACUCUGUACAGAGUCAGGCUACAUUGUGGAGGUUUGCCACAUCCCUUGCCCCAUAGACUGCAAGCUCAGUGACUGGUCAGCUUGGUCCCCCUGCAGUGCAUCCUGUGGCAGCGGGUUAAAGAUCAGGUCUAAGUGGCUGAGAGAGAAAGCUUUCAAUGGAGGACGACCAUGUCCCAAACUGGAUUUAAAGAACCAGGUGUAUGAGGCUCUGCCAUGCUACAGUGAAUGCAGCCAAUACGAGUGGAGGGCCGAGCCCUGGUCCAUUUGUACCAUCAACACUGUGGAUGACCUGCCUGCCUGUGGGGAGGGAGUCCAAAGCCGCAAGAUCAGGUGUGUAAAGAAAGGAACAACGGGGAAUGGGGAAGACAGCACUGUGGAGGAUAGUCUGUGUGAUCAAGAGGAAAUGCCACCCAGAGCCCAGGUCUGCUAUCUGGCAUGCCCCAAUGACUGUGUCAUGGCGCCCUGGGGACCUUGGAGCAACUGCCCUGUGCAAUGUGACCAAGAUACAUCAAGAAACAGAAGCAGACAUAUCCUGCGCCCCGCAGCUUCAGAUAACUCACCCUGUCCAGAGAUGGUCCAGUCAGAGUCCUGUGUUCUUAAUAGUACAUGUUUCACCUACCAGUACAGAGUCUCAGACUGGAGUACAUGCCAGCUGAGUGAAAAUGCCAUCUGUGGUCAGGGAUCACGUUUUCGUUUCCUGGACUGUAUUCGCAGCGAUGGCAAGGUUAUGGAGGUGCAGAAGUGCGAGCAGUUUGGCUUGAUCAACAAGUGGAUUCUAUCGGAGAGCUGCGUAGUCAACUGUCCUGUCAGCUGUGUGCUCUCUGAGUGGUCGCCGUGGGCAGAAUGCUCGCACAGCUGUGGGAGUCGAGGUCAGUCUGUGCGCAGUCGGAGAAUCCUUCAGGAUGCUCAAGAGGAGGGUCGCCCCUGUCCCAACCAGCUCAUCCAGACCAAACUAUGCCCCAUAAGGCCUUGCUACAUGUGGGUGCUGAGUGACUGGUCCCCAUGCACAGUAGCGGGCGCAGCAUGUGGUGAGGGGCUUCGGAGAAGAAACCUAUCAUGCGUUGUCCACUGGGGAAACUGGCAUGAGUCUCCUCGUCAGCCAGUGAAGGAGGAACUUUGUGGAGACGUACUUAGGCAGCGUAUCCAACAAGAGAUGGAGCAGCCCUGUUUCGUCCCCUGCCCCGGAGACUGCCAUUUGACUGAGUGGUCGUCUUGGAGCUCGUGCCAGUUGACCUGCCUGGAGGGGCGGAGCUUUGAAACCACCGGUCGCCAAGCGCGCUCCAGAGCCGUGAUUAUUCAAGACAUGGAGAAUCAGGACAGCUGCCCUCAUCAAGUCUUUGAGACCCAGCCCUGUAAAGGAGGAAAAUGCCACAGUUACCAGUGGAGGACAGGAGGAUGGAGCAACAACGAGAGAAGAGUAUGGUGUCAGCGCUCAGACGGCGUCAAUGUUACAGGGGGGUGUUUCCCACAAAAAAGGCCCACCACGCUAAGACACUGUCAUCCUCCGUGCACAAAACCGUUCUCACACUGCACGCCGAGUGGAGUGUGUGGGUGUGAGAAGGGUUACACUGAGGUGAUGACCACUCACGGUUUCUUGGACUACUGCACCAGAACUCCGGGGGUGGACAACAAUAAGAAAGCAGAUGUGAAAACUAACUCUGGCAGAUUAAAACCUGGGCCGUCUAAGGCCAAAGACCUCUACAACGAGUGGACCCUACGGCCUGUUGGCCCAGAUGGAAGAGUAAAGCUGUGGGUUUACGCCGUGACUGCUGUUGGAUUCAUCUUAAUACUCUUCAUUAUAGCGUUAUCGUUCCUGGUCUGUAAGCCAUCCAAAACCACUAAGACGUCUCCCCCACCGCAGAAGCCCUUGACCCUGGCCUAUGAUGGUGACAUGGAUAUGUAACCAGGCUGCUAUACCUCACAAGGACACGCUCGGCAUCAGGCAGCCUGCUGCCUGUGUUCAGAUUGUUAGGAAGCACAUCCGUCACUUACUGUUUGCUCGGUUUUUGCAAUGUCUCAAAUAGAUCAGCGAAUAGCAACGAUCACACAUGAUUUGCUGCUGAAGGGUAACAAAUCUCGCUAGAGCCACUCGCUUCCUCAAAGAAGAGGAACCAAAGCUGAUCAAAGUGAAAAAAUGAGACAUGGACCUCUAGUUUCUUUUCUUUUUUUAAUGCUUGCAACAUGAACACACAGUUGAAGCACUAUUUAAAACCUGCGAAAGAAGAUGAAUGCACAGCUGUUGAUCUUGGAAGGGGGUUUUUUUGUUUUCUUUUUUGUGCGUGUCAAGAAUCCGAGGGACAUCCUGGUUGACUCGUCAGCAGUCGCUCGUGAUAUUCAAAGACCCACAGAGGUGGGAGUAUUUGACUUUGUCUCAUCAGUGGUGGAUCUUUGUGAAAGGAAACGUCUCAAGCCUUUUGAGUAAACUAAACAGCCUUUUUUUGAAUUUUCGACAAUAAACACGAUGGUCUAUGCACUACGUUAGUGCUGAUUCCGUUUUCCUUUCCGAUGACUUUUCUAGUGUUUUAAUUGUAAUGCAAGUUUUUGCUGUCAGAUUGUGUUUUGUUGAUGAUGCCAUAUGUUGUGUAUAUGUGAAAACCAAAUGCAGGCUUGCCUUGAGUUUAACGAUACAACGAUGCAGUAAUUUCUCCUCCCUAAUUCUCCCAGGAUUCUCGACCACUGAGGACAAAAUUGAGUAAGUAAGUCAGAGCGAAGUAAUUUGUACAAAACCAAAAAACGUCCGAGUAUUUUGGUGACGAGUGCAGUAUCGCACAUAAUGCAAAUUACAGUAUGUAAUACCAGCAUGAUAAAGACCAUACCUCAUAUGCAGUGCUUAAAGGUUAUUAGACCACCUUCCAUUAAAAGAAUAAUAAUAAUAAAUAAGUAUUUAUUAGGCAAAUAAAAACAGAAGUCAUUUUUUUAGAUUUAAAAAAUCAGAAAUUAAUGAAGCAUAAUAUUCAACCACUAAAACUAAUUUCUCUGUUCAGGAACACAAGGCAAUAAAUGUAAUUUGACAUCUUAAUCAAUAAAUAACAAGCAGUUUGGGGUCUUUUUUAUUGUUUUUUUUUUUAAACUAAAUGUGAAAAUUCGUGGAUAUCAAUGAUAAUUAUUUGUCAGCAUGUAACAAGUUUGCACACACAGGUCGAUUUAACUGUUACAGAAACAUAAAACAUUAUUUUGGUAAUUACCGUUACUGUUUAAUUAAGCAAGUUGUGGUAUGAACCUUUCUAUGGGUUGUGGUCUAAUAAAUGUGUUAAGCACUGUACACUUUUUCACUAAAUGCAAAGCAAGAAAGGACUAAUCAUCAAAACAUACCGGAGCAUAGAGAGGACGAAUUAUCCACUGGAUUACACACAGUGCUUUAACAGAGCAGAUGCGCUUUAUUUAUUUAAAAAUUGUCAUAUUUUAGUGCUUUAUGUUACAUCCAAAUACAAGGUCUUUUUUUGUUGUUGUUGUUUUUGUAUCAUGAGUACAGGGCUGAAGACAUAAAAGAUAGCAAAUACCAAAUAUUUAUGAGCACAUAAUUUAAUAAUCCGGCAGCUUCUUAUCUUAUUUUCUUAUUCUAGUCUUAUUUUCUAGCCCUGUCUUUUUUAAAAAUAUAUUUCCACUCAUAGCAUCUUGGUAGAUUCGAGACAUUUUACCUUUUGUGCAAUAUUCACACAGCCCAGUGGAGAAUGAAGUUCCUGGUAUUGGCUAAUUUUGGCUCUGAUCAGAGUUUAUGCUGUUUCUCGUUCUGCCAAGAAUAACUGGAGAUUUGGUCUUGUGUUGUCCGACCUCCUCCUGAAUGUAUUUUAUCAGGAACUCUUUAAUCUUAACGGUUGUGCAAAUACGGUUGUUACGUGACUGUAUUCCAACAGCUGAUUGUAUGUAGGCAUGCUAGAUCCAUUUUGGCAGAACGUUCUCCAAGUGGCCUUUGCAGAGAUUCUGUUUUACAAUUUACCGAACAUUUCAGAAUCGUUUAAUUUAGAUAGUGUUUCUAAUAUUUGGCCGAUAAAGUGACAAAAAGGAACAUGUGGAAAAUGAUGACAAAGAUAACGAAUAAAAGUAAAGUGAAACCCCUUUCUGAAAACAUGACAUACUAAUUAUUUACCGUAUUUAAAAGAAAAAAAACAGCCUGAUUUGAUGAGACAUCUCUCUGGUUAUGUCCCAAAAAACUAAAACUAUGUUCACCCAUUGUUUACAGCAUCAUGCUGCUUGUGUUUUUAUUGUGUGUACAUGGAG